AUUCGGCUGCAUGAUUGGAGCGUUGAGCUGUUUCCUUGAUUGUAGUCCCGCCCUAUCGUAAAGUGUCUGUUCCCCACGCUGGCCGACUAGAUAACUAGGCGUGUGGUGUUCUGUGAAACAUGGCGGAUCUGAUCACACUAUUUGUGUCUCUUGGGCUUAGCGAACAGAAAGCCAAAGAAACACUUAAAAAUGAAGCUCUCAGUUCGACUUUGAAGGAUGCUAUUGCCCAGGCACAGAAUGUGGUGGGGUCUGUGGCAAUUGAUAAGGCCAUGGGGACCCUUCUGUAUAGCAUGGCUUCACGUCUCAAGGAUACACAGCGUCUAGGCGUCCUCACAGAAUACAUCGCCAAACGGAAGAUAACCUCCGAAUUACAGCUUUCAGCUGCAUUGGAUUUUGUGAAGAGCCACCCUCAAGACCCCUUAGACCACAGUGCAUUUGAGUCCUGCUGUGGUGUGGGUGUAGUCAUCACUCCUGAGCAGAUUGAAGAUGCGGUCGAGCAGGUGAUCAAGAAGCACCAAAAACAGCUGCAUGAAGAGAGGUACCGCUUCAAUAUGGGCCUUCUCAUGGGUGAAGCCCGGGCUGGCCUCAAGUGGGCUGAUGGGAAGAUCAUUAAAAACGAAGUGGACAUGCAGGUCCUGCAUCUCCUGGGCCCAAAGACUGAAGCAGACUUGGAGAAGAAGCCCAAGGCUCCCAAAGCCAAGGCGCCAGAGAAGGAGAAGCAGGAUGUGGAAGUGAAUGUAAAUGGGGAUGUCAAGAUGGAGGCUAAGUCACUCAUGGAUCAGUUGAGAGGAGAGGCUCUGAAGUUCCAUAAGCCAGGUGAGAACUUUAAGACAGAGGGAUAUGUUGUCACACCCAAUACCAUGAGCUUGCUCAAGAAGCACCUGGAGAUCACGAAUGGACAGGUCCGUUCUCGAUUCCCCCCAGAGCCCAAUGGUAUUCUCCACAUCGGUCACGCCAAGGCCAUCAACUUCAAUUUUGGUUUUGCAAAGUCUAACAGUGGAAUAUGUUUCCUGCGUUAUGAUGACACAAACCCAGAGAAAGAAGAAGAGAAAUACUUCACUGCCAUCAGGGAUAUGGUGGAGUGGCUGGGUUAUACACCAUAUGCCAUCACACACGCUUCUGAUAAUUUCCAGCAGCUCUAUGAUUGGGCAGAGGAGCUCAUUCGCAGGGGCCAAGCAUACAUCUGCCACCAGCGCGGAGAGGAACUGAAGGGGCACAAUGCACCGGCAUCACCCUGGCGCGAGCGACCGGUGGAGGAGUCCUUGAUACUCUUUCGCAGGAUGAAGACGGGCAUGUUUGCCGAGGGGGAGGCCACGCUGAGGAUGAAGAUGGUCAUGGAGGAUGGCAAGAUGGACCCUGUGGCGUACCGCAUCAAAUAUACCCCUCAUCACAGGACAGGAGACACCUGGUGCAUCUAUCCAACGUACGACUAUACCCAUUGUCUCUGUGACUCCAUCGAACAGAUCACACACUCUCUCUGCACCAAAGAGUUCCAGGCCAGGCGGUCGUCAUACUACUGGCUGUGCAAUACUCUGGAUGUGUACUGCCCUGUGCAGUGGGAGUAUGGCCGUCUCAACCUUACGUACACUGUCGUCUCUAAGAGGAAAAUCAUCAAGCUGGUAGAGGUGGGAGUUGUCAGGGACUGGGAUGAUCCACGUCUCUUCACUCUCACCGCUCUCAGGAGAAGGGGCUUCCCUCCACAGGCCAUCAACAACUUCUGUGCACGGGUGGGGGUGACGGUGGCCCAGGUGACCAUGGAGCCCCACAUGCUGGAGGCGUGUGUGCGGGAGGUGCUGAACGAGCAGGCCCCACGCAUCAUGGCUGUGCUGGAGCCCCUCAAAGUGACCAUAACGAACCUGCCUGCUAACUCACAGAUGGCAGUACGUGUUCCUGACUUCCCUGCAGAUGAGGAAAAGGGCAGCCAUAUGGUGCCCUUCUCAAGAGUCGUCUACAUUGAGCAGAGUGAUUUCAGAGAGGUGAUGGAGAAGGGCUACAAGCGUCUGUCUCCUGACCAGCCUGUGGGCCUGAGGCAUGCCGGCUACGUCAUCUCGGUGAAGCGUGUCAUCAAGGACGCCAGUGGUAAGGUGAUUGAGCUGGAGGUCACUUGCUCCACCACGGACUCAGCUGAGAAGCCAAAGGCCUUUAUCCACUGGGUCAGCCAGCCUCUGGAGUGUGAAGUGCGCCUCUAUGAGCGACUGUUCCUGCACAAAAACCCAGAAGACUCGGCUGAGGUGCCAGGUGGCUUCCUUACUGACAUCAACCCAAAUUCCCUGCAAGUUAUCAGCAGUGCCUUAGUAGACCAGUCUGUGGCAAACGCGAAGGUCUUUGAUAAGUUCCAGUUUGAGAGAGUGGGCUAUUUCUCCAUCGACCCAGACAGCACGCCCCAGAAGCUGGUAUUCAAUAGAACUGUCACCCUAAAAGAAGAUCCUGGGAAGAUUUGAUUGAAAGAUGCUUGGAUCAUCUGCAGCCAGUGAGCAACAAGGGAAGACUGUGGGUUUGUAAGCAUCUGCACCUGGGGAACCACACCAAACUGCAGUCUGCUAUCCUGCACUGGUGCUACAUGCAGGGGAGAUGCCGGCAAAGGAUCUUUUCUACAAACAUGGUCACCCUCUUCAGACCUUGUUACACCAAUGAGAGGGUUUAAUAGCCAUAGAGAAGGUGAUUUGCAAGCAAUUUUCCAAACAUCUUGAAUAAUAAAAUUGUAUAUUUAAGUAAAACA